AUGAUGACUCAUCAAUCAGAGAAGCUCAACGACAAUGAAAGUUCAAGUGAUGAUGAAUCAAUGACACAAGAUUCUCCUGUCAAUGAUGACAGAAAUGAUGAUGAUUAUGUCAAUGUUGAAUUUAAUGAUCUGAAUGAAGAAGAGAAAGAAAAUCCACAUAUGGACAGUGGUAUCACAGCUGAGUCAAACGACGAUGAUGAAUCACCACGUGUUGAUGAAACAACUGAUCCUGAAUCAAUGGAUGAAGAUACAUGCCAUGCUUUUUAUGAACUUGAACAUCAAAAAGAAAAAGCGAUGGAACAAUUAUCAAAUGUAUUUCAACUAUUGAACAUAGACCCGAUCCAUGACAGAUCAGCAGUAUUACCCAUUCGAGCCAAAGUCGAUGAGGUAUAUAGAAAACUUAAUCGAUUAUGUGACGUAUUAGAUGAAAAAUCUCAAGUUUCGUAUGAUCCAAAUCCUCAUGGAUUAAGGAUAUGUGAAUCAAAUGAUCUUUUGGGUGGAUUAAAGAAGUUAUAUGCUGAUAGUAAUGACAGUGAACAAGUUCGUUUGAUGACAAUUGUUCCCAAAGAAUGGGGUCGACAAAAAAUUGAAAAAUGGUUUAAAUCAAAGCCAAAUCAGGCUCGACGAUCGCUUGUUCUUCGAAAAAAUAAUGGGAUAUUAGCCUAUCCACAAUGUCUACGAGGAAAUAUUCCUUUAUCUGAUUCAACAAUUGAUGCUGUAGUCAAUUUCUAUCGUGAAGAUGGUAUUAGUCGAACCUCAUCCAAUUCCAAAGACACAAUUAAAAUUAAAGGACAACCAGUGGCAGUUCGGUUUUUAGAAAUGAGUGUCUUGGAUGCUUAUCAUAUCUUCAAUGAACGACAUCCUGGAACUGUUGCAAGAUCAACUUUUAAUGCUCUUCGUCCACGUGAAGUAAAAACUAUAACACCACAUGAAACUUGCAUGUGUAUUAUACAUGAGAACAUGGAUCUAUUAUUGAAGAUCGAUUUUGGUUUGGAUGCUUGUUGGACAUUUACAGCUACAGAACAUGGUAAGGGUGCUGGCGAUGGAAUUGGUGCGGUACUCAAGUCCACGGCUAGACGUGCUACACUUUCCAAGAACAUUCUCAUGUCAAAUGCAAAAGACUUCUACGAAUUCACCCAGAAACAACAACUUGAAACGGCAAGAAGAUCUAACAAGGAUAUUCCUGGUGUUCAUGUGUUCUUUCUUGAAUCAGAUGAAGUAGAAGAAGCGAAGAACAGUUAUCUGCAAGCUAGAAGCGAAAAACUUCGAGCAGCUGGUACAAUACAAGGCAUUCGAAGUAUGCAUGAAUUCAAACCAAUCAACAAUUCAACUGUUCAAUAUAGUUUGACAUCUCGGUCAACAAAGAUCAGGACAUUUACAUUCAAAUAA